UAUUUUUGAGCGUUUGCAACGUCUUGCCUUUUACGAGACACACCCAGAGCAGAAUAUUUCCACUUCCUCACCCACCUGGCACCACCAGCGCCACCACCACCACCUCCUCCGCUUCAUCGCCACCACUCUUCAUUCCCAUUUCUUCAUUCACAAUCUCAAAGGAAAGAUAAUCCCUAAUUUUUAGAUCGUCAUUUAUCUUACACAGUUCUCACUAAUCUAGUGGUGUUUUCAUUCCUUAAUCUUAUCUCAUUUGAAAGCUACAUUACAAGUGCUCUGUUUGUUUCCGGUUUUGAUUUGCUGAUUGGAGUGUAUUAGUGGCCAUUUAAGCUGCAACAGACAGCUUAAAUGGCUAGUUCUGUUGAUGCCGGAGAAGUUUCGAUAAUCGUCUUCGGGCUUUGGUCUCAGCAUGUCAGUUUUGUUACUUCGUAAAGUGAUAGAUUGUGAAUGUACUUUUAAGAUUGAAAUUUCCAGUCUGCAAUGGACCGCCGAAGUUGGCCCUGGAAGAAAAAAUCAUCUGAUAAGGCUGAUAAAAAUGCUGCAGCAACGGAUUCUGGUGGUGGUAUUGUGGCUUCAAGUGGAUCACAGGCGGCGGAUAAGGAUAACUACAGAAAACCCAACUAUGUUCAAAUUUCUGUGGAAUCAUACACCCGUCUGACUGGUUUGGAGGAUCAAGUGAAGACAUAUGAGCAACAAGUUCAGACUUUGGAGGAUGAAAUUAAGGAUUUGAAUGAAAAGCUCUCUGCAGCAAAUUCGGAGAUGACUACAAAGGAAAACCUUGUGAAACAGCAUGCUAAAGUUGCUGAGGAAGCUGUUUCAGGUUGGGAAAAGGCUGAAGCAGAAGCUUUGGCGCUGAAAAACCAUCUAGAAUCAGUCACACUUUCAAAGCUUACUGCUGAAGAUCGGGCAUCACAUUUGGAUGGUGCUCUUAAAGAGUGCAUGCGGCAAAUACGAAACUUGAAGGAAGAACAUGAGCAGAAAUUGCAAGAUGUUAUAAUCUCAAAGACCAAACAAUGGGACAAAACUAAGCUUGAGUUUGAAGCAAAAAUAGUUAAUUUAGACCAAGAACUCCUUAUGUCUGCAGCUGAAAAUGCUGCUCUUUCAAGGUCACUGCAAGAGCGUUCUAACAUGCUAAUCAAAAUGAGCGAAGAAAAAUCACAAGCUGAGGCUGAGAUUGAACUUUUGAAGAGCAAUAUUGAAUCAUGUGAAAGGGAAAUAAAUUCACUUAAAUAUGAACUCCACAUAGUUUCCAAGGAGCUGGAGAUUCGUAAUGAGGAAAAGAACAUGAGCAUGAGAUCUGCGGAAGCAGCAAACAAGCAGCACAUGGAGGGUGUCAAAAAAAUAGCUAAGCUGGAAGCAGAGUGCCAAAGGCUACGAGGUCUUGUGCGAAAGAAGUUGCCUGGUCCUGCUGCGCUUGCCCAAAUGAAGCUAGAGGUUGAGAAUUUAGGCCGAGAUUACGGAGAUUCUCGACUAAGGAGGUCACCUGGUAAGCUUCCCAGUCCACAUCUGUCUGCUGUGCCUGAAUUUUCACUUGACAAUGCUCACAAAUUCCAUAAAGAGAAUGAAUUUCUCACAGAGCGUUUGUUGGCCAUGGAAGAAGAAACAAAGAUGCUGAAAGAAGCUUUAGCAAAGCGUAAUAGUGAACUGCAGGCUUCUAGGAAUCUGUGUGCCAAGACAGCAAGUAGGCUUCAAAGUUUAGAAGCACAACUUCAAGUGAACAAUCAACAGAAAGGUUCACCAAAUUCUAUGGUUCAGGUUCCUACUGAAGGUUACUCUACUCAAAAUAUGAGCAAUCCACCUAGCUUGACCUCCACCAUGUCUGAAGAUGGAAAUGAUGAUGACCAAAGUUGUGCUGACUCUUGGGCAGUGUCAUCGAUCUCCGAGCUCUCUCAAUUAAAGAAGGAAAAGGAAAAGCCUAAUAAGACCAAAAAUGCUAAGCACUUGGAGCUUAUGGAUGAUUUCCUGGAGAUGGAGAAGUUGGCUUGCUUAAAUGCAGAUGGUGCCAUGACAAUUUCAGAUUCUCCAAACAAUAAGACAUCUGAAAUUCUGAAUGGUGAUCCUUCAGUAGAUGCCGCUUCGGUCAAGGGUACCCUGUCUAAAGGACAAUCUAUUUUGGAUCCAUUAGUGAAUCGUGUAGCUUCAAAAAUGGAUUUGUCAGCAGUGGAUUCUGGAUCUAAUGCAGAGCAGCCACCCUUGAUGAAGCUGCAGUCAAGAAUUUCUCUGUUACUUGAGUCUAUGCCUAAAGAUGCUGAUAUGGGGAAAAUUUUAGAGGAUGUUAAACGUGUUGUGCAGGAUGUACAUGAUACUUUAAAUCAGCAGUCUGGAAGUUGUGUUCCUGUGGAAUUGCAUGCUCCUGAUGAUGCUGUAUGGAAUUAUUCCGGUCAGACUUGUCCUGAAGAUAUUAAGGCAGCUACAGAACCAGUUCACUCAGUAAGCCGAGAGUUGGUUAGUGCCAUUUCUGGUAUUCACGAUUUUGUGUUGUUCCUGGGACAAGAAGCAAUGGCAGUUCAUGACACAUCUUCCGAUGGUGAUGGUCUGAGUCAAAAAAUCGAGGAAUUUUUGGUCACCUUUAAUAAAGUAUUAAAUGGCAAUACGAGUUUGGUUGAUUUUGUUUGUGACCUUGCUCGUGUAUUAGCUAAAGCCAGUGAACUUAGAUUUAAUGUCCUGGGUUUUAAAGGUUCUGAAGGAGAAAUCAAUAGUCCUGAUUGCAUAGAUAAGGUUGCCUUACCAGUGGAUAAGGUUCUUCAAAGGGAUUCAUCAGGAGAAAGAUAUCGAAAUGGUUGUGCUCACAUUUCUAGUCCUACCUCUAACCCUGAGGUCCCUGAUGAUGGAAAUUUGGUAUCUGGCUAUGGGUCAAAUGCAACAUUGUGCAAAGUCUCACUGGAGGAAUUUGAAGAAUUGAAAUCAGAGAAAGAAAGCAUGGCUGUGGAUCUUGCUAGGUGUACUGAAAACCUGGAAAUGACAAAGUCUCAAUUACAUGAAACUGAGCAGCUUCUAGCUGAAGUUAAAUCACAAUUGGGUUCUGCGCAAAAGUCAAAUAGCUUGGCUGAGACACAGCUGAAAUGUAUGGCUGAGUCAUACAGGUCACUUGAAGCUCGUGCAGAGGAGUUAGAAACUGAAGUGAACCUUCUGCGAGGAAAAGUAGAAACUCUAGAGAAUGAGCUUGAAGAUGAAAAGCAAUGUCAUUGGGAUGCUUUAACCAAAUGCAAGGAGCUAGAAGAGCAACUAAAGACGAAAGGGAGCUGUUCCAUUUGUUCUUCAGCUGCUGAUGUUGACCGCAAGGCCAAAAAAGAGAGAGAACUAGCAUCUGCAGCCGAAAAGCUAGCAGAGUGCCAGGAGACCAUAUUUCUUCUUGGAAAGCAGUUGAAAGCUUUCCGUCCUCAAACGGAGCCUAAAGGAUCUCCAUACAGUGAGAGGAGUCAAAAGGGUGAGGGAUUUGCUGAAGAUGAACCCACUACUAGUGGCAUGAACUUGCCGGACUUUGAUCAGGCUGAGAUGGAUGGUACUGUUUCAAAAAACCUGCACAGAACAGGUGCCGAGUCCCCCACGGAUUUGUAUAACCAACCAUGUAGUCCAUCUGAUACAGAAGGAAGCCUUACAAGAUCACCAAUCAAUUCAAAGCAGCCAAAACACAGGUCUACCAGGUCAACAUCCUCAUCUUCCACACUUGUUCAGGCACCAGAGAAUCAUCCACGAGGUUUUAGCAGGUUCUUUUCCUCAAAAGGAAAGAAUGGCAAUUAGGCCCUGCAGCUUUCAGGCGUAAUAAAGUUGUGGUUGCAAAAAAGGUUCAGAAGUAAUAACAAGUCCAAAGCACAUAAAAUGGAGUCAUCUACCAUCAUUGAUGACUCUGGAAAGUUUUUGCCUGGUUUCAUGUUGUGAAAAAAUGAUGCCAUGUAGGUUUUGUAACUGGUGACUGUAUAUGUUCCCAUAUCUAUUAGGCUUUUUUUUUUGUCCCCCUCCCCAUUUGCCUUGUGUAAUUUCUUGAAAGGGACUCAAUUUAUGGACUGUCGCAGUCUCAGAAUAUAAUCGUUAUAUGUGGGUUUAUCGGAAA